CUAGUUGAAAAUCAGAAAUUAGAUAGAGGAGGAGAGUGGAAAGAUGAGCGGAGUAUCAACGGCGGCGUAUUUCGCGCGGAGAGCGGCGCAAAAGGAGAGGGUUCGAAUCCUCUAUCGCCGUGCCCUCAAGGAUACUCUGAACUGGGCUGUUCAUCGCCACAUUUUCUACCGAGACGCUUCUGAUCUGCGCGAGAAGUUCAAUGCCAACCAAGAUGUGGAGGAUGUUGACAGAAUCGACAAACUGAUUGCUCAUGGUGAAGCAGAAUACGACAAAUGGCGACACCCUGAUCCUUAUAUCGUCCCAUGGGCUCCUGGUGGCUCAAAGUUCUGUAGAAACCCUACUCCGCCUGCUGAGAUCGAGAUUGUGUACAACUAUGGUCACGAAGACAACCCAUAAAUCUAAUUUUUUUCAUACCCAUCAAUAAAGGAAGUUGGAUGAUUAUCAGAUGCUCUCAUUGUUACCUUCUCAACUAGUUUCUCGUUUCAGUCUCAUAAAUGUCCCCCUUCAAUGGAACCUCUACGCAUGUUAAGUUUCAAUGGUGUUUGUUAUCUACUGCAGAAUUGAAGCAUCUUGUGGCUAUGGUUUAGAAUAUAAACUGAAGGCUUUCAAGGUUGAAACUUUGAGGGAUCAUUUCUAAUUUUUCGCUCACUAUUGUUUCAACUUGUUAGUCAAUGGAUGUUCUGGCUUUCAAACCCUAUGAGGAAAACAGGAAAUUGCGUGUGUGUUUUUUUUCUGUCUAGUUUGACCACAUAUCUAUCAGCGUUUUAUACCGGUUUAAACUGAACA